GAUGAUGCUUCUAAACCUUUAAAGCUUAAUAAAUUAUAUGAAGAAUUUUUCUCAAAGGACACUACUUCAAAUUUUGAUGGUUAUUGUAACGAUUUAAAAAAGUAUGAUGGUACACAUAAGGGUGCAAAAGAGUUAUGCAUUAAGCUCGUACGUUUUGUAAAAAAAAUAGCAGAAUGGAAAAAUAAACCAGAAAGUGUUAAAUAUUGUGAUUAUUUACAGUAUUGGUUAUAUGAUGAAAUAAAGGAGAUAUAUAAAGAGCACACAAAGAAGUUCGGGGAAAUACCCUUUUCUAAAGAGCUUAUUGAUAUAGCUAAUAAAGUGAAUAAGGAAGUUAAACCAAAUGAUUGUACAUUAAAGCACGAAAGGGAUGUUACCUUAGAUGAAUUGAUAAAAAGGAAAUUUUCUCAUAUUUAUCUAAAAAAAUACGAUGAAAUUAAACAAAAUGUUGACGCCAAAGGUAAAGAUAAGUGUAAUAUAAUGACUGUGCAAAAUUAUAUUUUUGGUCACCUACUCCCUAAUUACACUGAUUGUUCUUCAAAACAUGAUCCAAGUAAGCUUAUACCCCUAUUAAAUAAUUGUAAAGAUGAAGGAUCUAAAGGGGGUAGCAAACCAAAUAGCGGAUCAUUUCUUUUUGGUUGGUGGGGUUCGUCAAGUGCACAAACUUCCAGUAGUAGGAAUGCCCCCGUUGCAGGAGAUGUAAAGGCUCCUAGUGUAGGAAAGGAUAAAGGAGCACAAGGACCUUCCAAUAACUUAGCAGGUUCAGCAGUUUCACAAGGUUUAACACGGUCAACCAGUGCACGCGUUUCAGAAAGUGCCGUAACUCCAGCAAAAGCACGUGAUAGUGGAACAGGUGGAGCAGCAUUACCUAGACCUGUAGCGAACUUAAAUACUAAAGAAGUGUUGAGUCCAGCAUCAAAAGAGAUCCCUGGUAAAGGUACUCUUGCCGUGCCAUCAUACACUUCAGGCAUUAGAACAGAUACAGUACCUAUACCCGUUGUUGAUUCUCCUGGCCCUUUGGAAAGUGUAUCUGAUAAGGUUGACUCAAACUUUUAUCGUAACAUCAUCAUGGCUGCUGCAAUACUUGGAACGAUAUUCUUUCUUUUCUAUUACAACAUGGUAAUCGCGCAAUCGAUUUUGUGA